CACACGGUCACACUGUGGCUAUACAUCUUCAAAACAACAAAUAAAAACAUUAAAAAGUUAUCUUAUCGCCGCUGCCCGCGCCUGAUUUUGGAUUGUAAGCAUGCCAGCGUGAAACCAGUAACCAAAAACCGCGAUGUUGCUGUUGGAGCUGAACAUUCUGACCCUCAAUAUUUGGGGCAUUCCGUAUGUGUCUAGUGAUCGCGGGCCGCGAAUCGAUGCCAUCUGCAAGGAGCUGGCCACCGGGAAGUAUGACAUUGUGUCCCUGCAGGAGGUGUGGGCCCAGCAGGAUAGCGAGCGGCUGCAGAAGGGCACGGAGGAUGUCCUGCCCCACAGUCACUACUUCCACAGCGGGGUAAUGGGCGCUGGUCUGCUGGUGCUGUCCAAAUACCCCAUCCUGGGCACGCUGUUCCAUGCGUGGUCCGUCAACGGCUACUUUCAUCGCAUCCAGCAUGCGGAUUGGUUCGGCGGCAAGGGUGUGGGCCUGUGCCGCAUCCUGGUCGGUAGCCAAAUGGUCCACCUCUACAAUGCGCACCUGCAUGCGGAGUAUGACAAUGCCAACGAUGAGUACAAGACGCACCGCGUCAUCCAGGCCUUCGACACUGCUCAAUUUAUCGAGGCCACCAGGGGCACUUCGGCACUGCAGAUCCUCGCGGGUGAUCUGAAUGCCCAGCCGCAGGAUAUCUCCUACAAGGUGCUGCUCUACACAUCCAAUAUGCUCGACAGCUGCGCCUCGGACUCCUUUCGCACCAACGAAUGCCAACACAACUCGUACACAUCCAAGCAGGCGCGGGAGCGGAAUCCUCAGGGCAUACGGAUUGAUCACAUCUUUGUGAGAGGAGGAGAUCAUGUGAAUGCCGAGAUAGUGGAGUACAAGCUGCCAUUUCCGGAACGUGUGCCCGGCGAGAAGUUCAGCUUCUCGGAUCACGAGGCCGUGUUGGCCCACAUACGGUUAUCCAAGCUGACCGAGAGGAGAGCGGAGGAGCCAGUGGCCACAAUCGAGGUGAACUGCCAGGUGGCGGAGAAUGAUGGCGAUAGCUGUGUUGUAAGGGAACUGGGAGCGGGCGAUGCUCAGGCAGGAGAGGAAGAGCAGCAGCAUCCAGAGAUCCAGUGCAAUGGCUCCAGCUCCACUUCCAUCCAGACCAUACCCGCUGCCCGAACUGCCGCCCUUCACGAAGCUCUGGCCCUGUGCGAUGCUUCCCUUCUCCAACUUAACACGGAUCGCAUUCUGUACUACAGUGCAGCCACCUUCCUGUUCGUCCUCCUCGUCCUGCUGGUGGAGUUCACCGCCCCCGUGGGCAUGCGCACCAUCUUUCUGCUGCUCAAGUUCAUCGUGUUUGGCGUGAUCAUUUUCUGCGUCUUCAUGGCCUCCAUUUGGAACUAUAUGGAGAGGAAUGGGGUGCUGCAGGGCAAGAAAUCGAUGGAGGUGAUGCUGUUCUCGUACCAGAAGUACGAGUACUUCUACUGAAGCUGUCUGAAGGAGCAGCCUCGAGCUCAGUGCGCAUUUAAAAUCCAUGUGUACCCUAGAUUAACAAACGUUGUAUUGUCUUUGACUAAAGUGUGUAUUUUUAAUAUCUGACUAUAUUUUACGAACUGUAAUAUUUCAAUGCAAUUCCAUGGUCUCUUGUUUGUGUAACGUCAUCCAUAUCCCAGGAAUUAUAGUUCAAUAAAAUUAAACACUUAAA